AUGUUAAGCAUGUCAAAUGAGAAAAAACAGGCCACUUUGUCUGAAUCGGAUUAUAGCGAUGAGAGCCAAAACACAGAAAAUGACAAUAAUAAAGUGAGGAAGUCGUCGAAGAAAAUCGAGCUAGUUUUCGGCGAACAACUCGAAGAUGAUUAUAUUAAUAUGUUUUGCGAUAAACUUCAAGCGGUUUGUCCGAAAAAAAUCGACGGAUUUUUGGCAAUUCAAUUUAUAAUGUGUGAGCCGGAAAACGUCAAAACUCACAUUUCUGGAAAGAACGAAGCGCUUCAAGUGCUCUAUGAUCGAGGAAGAGCCCACUAUCUGUUGACCCAUUACAAUCCAACUCAUGGCCGCGUCGAAAUAUUCGAUAGUCUUCAAUCAUGGCAUGAUGAUGAAACUCCAACGCUUCCCAAUGAGAUAUGCGUGAACAUUCGAACCUUAUAUGGGCACCUCUACACCGAUUCGAUCGGUUUGCUGUUCGACAAACGCUAUGAGAGGCAGCACGACGACUUCUCAUGCGGCUAUCGGUGCAUCGGCGCGAUAGUGGACUUGGCGCGCGGCGAGAAUCCGGCCGGCAAACUCUACAGCCGCCAUUACAUCCAUUCGUUCAUUCAGCGGAUCCUCAACGAUCCGCGACCGUGCUGGUCGACGUUCGUCGACGCGAAAUUGACAUUUGGAGAGAAGCCCACAACGAGCGCGGUUGGCGGCGCGAUUCGAAUGGAGCUUGUGCUCCAUUCGACGCCUUCAACGACGUCGUCAUCGUCGGCGUCGACAUCGUCGAUUGUGGUGUCUUCCGAUGGCGCGUCGACGGCAAAAUCGUUGUCAUCUGUCGACGAGAACAACAAUGAAGACGAAAGGAACGACGCUGGCCGAGAAGCUGAAAUUGAUGGUUCGGAAGAUGUCGAAGAGAAGCCGACGCCGAUUGAAGAUGGAUAUUUGUGGCCCCGUCGCGAAAUGUUCGCGUUGAAUUCGCUGAAACGCGUCUUUAAUACCGUAUGCCUUGCAAGAAAACCCGAAAGUCCAAACGAGGAGAUCAUCAGAAUUGCCGACUAA